AUGCGUGUCUCCCUGCGGCAAAUACCCCUCGAGAGUCUUUUUCUCUCCUUGGCCUGCGUCCUCACGACUCGCGGAGAAACGAUGGACGACGAAGACGCGGCGUGGGAGGUGAAAAAGCGCAGGCGAGACAAGGGGAAAUGGCCGAUGUGCAGAACGUGUAGCGCGCCGUCUCCGCCGUCUUCGUCCACGCGUAAUUCUGCCCGAGGGUACACUCGGGCUGUACUCUGCCUCGAUCCUCUCCACAGAACAGCGGGUCUUCGCCUCUACGCCGCUUCACCUGUCUCCAACCCCCUGUCUCCUCUCCUUCGUGGCCGGUCUGCUGGGCAGAACUCUUGUCGACGACAUUUCACUUCUCGUCUUUCUUCUUGCUCGCCGAGUUCUGUAUCUUCUCUGUCACAUCCUUCGUCUGGGGCUCCACCUUCUCCCGAGUCUGUCCUUCCUCCCCUGCCCUCGUCUCUUUCCCCCGGUGCCUGCUUCGCCUCGCCUUCCACUUUUUCCUCGCCGCCUGCGCAUGCGGCAGGGUCGGUUCCUUGCUCAGUCUCGCUCUCUUGUCUCGCUCCAACCUCUUCAGAAAGCGCCUCCCCUGCUUGUCGGCCGCCUCGCGCUUUGUCUGCAUCUUCCGCGAACUUCUCGCCGCAGCUGUCUCCGCCUUCUCUCAGCCUUGCGCACUGCCGUGCCCGUUCCUGUUGUUCGCCCGCUCGUUCAGUCUCGUUGAAACGCAAGUCGAAGCCGCGUGCUUCCACGAAGGCGCGACAGGACCCGGGGGAUUCCCAGUUCCCUUCCGAGUUCCGGAGCGUCUUCUCUUGCCGUGCCUUCCCGCUGGCUGUGCCGGUGUUCCUGUUUCUUCUGUUUUCUUCUCCUGCGUUUCCGCCUCUCCUCUGCGCCGAGGCGCUCCCGAUCAAAUGGCUGGGACACGCACACCGCCCGCCCCGGCUUGGCCCCGGCGACCCCCCCGGUUUUCUCAGUCCCUCUACGCCUAGCUAUUCCCGGCGUGCUGCUCUUUCUCACACUGUUGCUUCCGGCUCCUCAGUCUCUGGGCUCGAUCCCCUGGUGUCAGUCUCGACUUUCCCGUCUGCGCCUUCGGCCGCCUCCUCUCUGUGUCGAACUUCGUCUCCGCUUCUGCCAGCUGCGUCUGCGGCGCCACCCUCGGAGUCGCCUGGUGUCUCCGGUCCACAGCCCUCUUCGUUGGGCCCCAAAAUCCAGCUCGGCGCGCCCAAGUACCGGAAGCGGGCCGUGCGCGCUGGCCGCCAAAAGACUCCAAAGUUUCCAUACUCGCCAAAAGACGGUCUUUUCUACGAUCUCCCGCCUCCCCCGCAAGAUGUGCCUCUUCCGCCGGGUGUGCGGAGCUCCGCGGCCCCAGAGGAGGCAGCCGCGGCUGCUGGGCAGCGCACGGGAGGCUGCGCAGAGACGCAGGGGUCGGAAGCGCGCGGGAGGAAGGCAGAGCCGUCCGAAGCUUCAGAGCAGAAAUCCGAGAAAUCGAAGGAGUAUUUGCUGCGCGUCCCACCUAUUGAUCAGAGAGCGCGGCGUACGCUGUGGAUCCACAGGCACUUGGGAAGGCGAGACGGAACCCUGAGCCCAGUCGAGGACGAAAUAACUGAUCUCCUUCUCUCCCACAAUGCUCCUGGAGAGACAACACUCGAUCUCGCCUCGCCGUUACCCGCCUCCUCAGCGUCGUCUCCCGCGUCUCCGUCGACGGCGCCGCCCGCACUCGCCACGGCUGGGUCUUCUCCUUACCUCGCUCACCUCCAGAAGCUGGCGUUUGCACCCACCCUGGGUCUCACUGCGGCGGAGUUGACUCGCCUCAUGGCGAUCGCUCCCGAGCUGCUGCUCCCACGGCGGCUGGCUGCAUGCAGCGACGCCCUCAGCGUUCUCGUCGAGGAGAAAAAGUGGAAGCCCGAGGCGGUCAAACGUCUUCUGCUGCACGUCCCGCGGGCGCUGACGUCUGGCCGGGCGCAUCUCUUGCGCUGGAUGCGCGAGUACAGAGAACUGCUGUUUUCGGGAACCGAGGAGUCGACCGCUGCGCAGGAGGGGAGACUCUCAGACGGCGAAAACGAACCCGACAGACAGCAGGAGGCAGCAGACCGUUUUCUGGAGGCGGUUGCCCUCAAAUAUCCGGCAGUCUUCAGUGUGAGGCGGCCAAAGACAAAGCUGUACCAUUUUCUGAAAGUCCUCCGGCAGGUCCGCGCCACCCGCAGCGAAUUCAAACCUGCAGGCUGGUCCAUUCUUACAGCCUCGGAGCGCGCCAAGAUCGUGCAGUUUCUCUCUUCUGCUGCUCCACCUGUGCCAGGCGACGCGCAAGGCGACCGGACGCCAGCUGGGGAGGCUCCGCCGUGUGGGGUGUCUCCUUUUGCGGAAGAACACAGUCGCAGCGAGAAAGGCCCGGACGUUGCGGCGCUUGAGCUCGAGUGGUACCGAGGCCACUAUGAGCGCCUCGAGGAGUUUGAGGGGGAGAAGCUGGUUGAGGCCUUGGCGGGCACGGGCGAGACGGAGGCAAAGAGCGACGGCGAGAGGAGGAGCGAAAGGGAGGAGAUUUUGCUUCCUCUGCGCGAGGACGCCGCUAGGAUGGAGGAGGCAAUGAAACGCGAGGAAGCGAGUGUCAAGAAGAUGUUCAAAGCGUAUCCGCGUUUGUUCUCCUUCGGCAUCGAAGGCAAUGUCCGGUCGAAGCUUCUGUAUCUGCAGAAUUGCAUGCACAAAGAAGUCGAGGAAGUCUUUCUCUUCCCGCAGUUCCUCUCCUACAGUCUCCGUCGCCGGAUCAUUCCUCGCCACAUCGCCCUGGUCAAUUCGUUUCUUUUGCGGGAGAAGGCGCGACGGAAAAGCGAGGACCCGCUCUACAGAGAAGGCAAAACCCUCGAGCAAGUCCGCCGAAGCGCACGGACGCGGAAGCGCUGGGAUGAUCGAAUGCAGGGAAAAAAGAAACUGAAACUGCGUCUAGAACAGAGCAGAGGCUUGGCCGAAGCGGGAGAAGACGAAGGAUCCGUGUAUGAUGAAGGGUACUGGGAAAAGAGAGACAUGCUCGCCGACGAGAUUGUGCCGAUUGUCGAUGAGAUGAAAGGAUGGAGAGGCCUAGAGCCCUACCAGCCCUUUGCAAUGCCGCGGCUCCCCUCGCUCCGCGAAAUGUACGCGACAAGUGACGACAAAUUCAUGGUACUCUUUGGCAUUCCGUACUCGGAGUUUGUUAGCGCCAAAGUGGACGCUGAGAAGGUCAAAAAUCCGCAGACACUCUUCUGA